AUGGAGAGGAGCGAAGAAGAAGAUAUCGGAAACGUUAAGUCUCAUCAGUAUCUCUCCGAUUCGGAAUUCGAUGACCGCCAUUCUCGUGAGCUCAAGGCUGGUCUGCAUCCUCUUCGGUACAAGUUUGCAAUUUGGUACACACGUCGAACACUAGGAGUUCGGAGCCAGACAUCUUACGAGGAUAACAUCAAGAAAAUUGUGGAGUUCAGCACCGUUGAAGGGUUUUGGGCGUGUUACUGUCACCUUGUUCGUUCCGCUUCCUUGCCCAGUCCAACUGAUCUCCAUUAUUUUAAGGACGGGAUUCGACCAUUGUGGGAGGAUGCUGCUAACUGCAAUGGUGGGAAAUGGAUCAUACGUUUCUCGAAAGUUGUUUCUGCUCGCUUUUGGGAGGAUCUGCUUCUUGCCUUAAUAGGCGACCAGCUCAACGAUGCUGAUAACAUUUGUGGAGCAGUUCUUAGUAUCCGCUUCAACGAGGAUAUUAUUAGUGUCUGGAAUCGCAAUGCUUCUGAUCAUCAGGCGGUGAUGGCUCUUAGGGACUCGAUCAAGCGGCAUCUGAAGCUUCCUCAUGCAUAUGUGAUGGAGUACAAGCCACAUGAUGCUUCUCUUCGUGACAACUCUUCGUAUAGAAGAAACACUUGGCUCAGAGGCUAG